AUGGAAAAAUAUGGCUUCGUAAAACGGAAGGUCAAGGUCGAACGCUUUCUUGACUUCUUACGAGGAACCGACAAAGCAAAAAUUCAACUGUCAGAUAUCGUGGUAGAAGCUUUAAUUUGUUUGGCGAACGAGCUUGUGCUUCUCUUGGUAACAAACGCUCUCAAAAGGAAGUUUUAUUUUACUGUUGAUGAGCAAAUUCUUGACGGAGGCAUUCAACCGCGCAGCAUAAAAGCUGUGCACGCCCUUCUUCGUGAUCCAGCCAUUGGCUACAAGUUGAAUUCCCCCGGGCGGUGGGUACCGAAGCUACUCGACCGGAAAAUGCUUUACAGAGAGCAGAUUCAGACGCUCAAGAACUGGAACUCGCGCUGGGGAAGUUCUGAGCAAGUUUGCGCUAUUUAUUCUCUGGCGCAGUUACUCACCAGAGAUAUCGACAAGAAAUUCGUGAUUACGAUCUUGUCCGAAUUGGCUAACAAUGUCGACGAAGAUACGAGAAGCUUGGAGGGCGCAGCGAAUAACUCACUUUGGUCAGAGCGGCUUCUGCAAGAAGAUGCGCCGAAAAUUGCGUCUGCUCUUAUUGAUCACCUCCCCUUAGUGAAAGGAAAUUCACUUUCGCAACGCUACAUGGAUCUUGUGAGCAAAGUGCUCAAAUUUGCAAUCAAGGAAGAGAAACUGCUUGAAGAGUCUCGUCAGAUUCUCUCCAUCGCCAUUAUUCACCCAAUGUUCAAAAACGACCAACGCGACCUCGAGAAGUUCGCUGCUCUUCUCCAGAGCAAGAUGAUAUUCCGCGAGCAGAGGGAGGAAAAGAUCGAAGUGACGAGCUCGGACGAAUUCUCAGAAGAAGAGUUUCUCUCUGAUAAUUUUAUUAGCUCCAGCGACUCGGAUGACCCAAAUGAGUUCGCUCAUCUCGAUCAUAUCAAUACAUUCCUCGAUCCGGACAGCGGAAUGGAAGACGUACCGAACUGGCUGAAGUCGUUGCGCCUGCAUAAAUACCAAUAUCUUUUUGCGAAGCUGACUUACGAAGAUAUGUUGGCGUUGACAGAAGAUAGACUAGCGGAACAAAAUGUGACAAAAGGCGCGAGGAAGAAAAUUGCUUCUUCAGUUGCCAAGCUCCGGCAGCGCUCAAAUAAGCUCCGAGAAAUCGAAAAAGACAUUCCAACAUAUGGUUCGGCGCUAUCAGCUGGAAAGCUUCGGGAAAGGCUGAAAGAAAUGAAGGAGAUUAUCGAAACCCCACUAAAGCGACCUGUUGCGAAUGAAGAAGAUUUGCCUGGUCAAUUUACAAGUGCCCUUGGAAAACUCUACGCAAACAUCCAUUUCUAUGAAAGCGACGAAGAGAACUUGAAAACAUUCGUUGGAAUCGCAGAAGAUGCAAUGAGAAAAGCUUGUCUGACUGAAGCGCAGCGUGAACAGAUUCGAAAUUGGUACGAAAAGAUUUACGCUAUCUAUCAGCACAUGCCAAAGCGGAAGCCAAAAAUGUCUUCGCUCCAAAAUCGCCGAAUCCCGUCUCGAGGAGGGUCGAAUUCUCGUGGAAAGUCUCGGCAUAUGCGAGGAAUUAGCCAGCCAGCAACGCAAGGACAGAAUCAAUCUCUUCCUUGGACCAACCCAUACAAUAAUUUCAACAACGCCUCUGGCUCCAUGUCACCAAAAAUAUUCCACAAAAGAGCUUCUAGUCUCGAUGUCACCCACAUGGUUCACCAUUCAACAAGUCAUCAGUCUCAAGAGUCCCUAAUCCAACACAGUUCACAGCAGUCACUAACUCGUCCUCAUCCAUCCCUUCAAAGCUCGACAGCGUCUCUUACUGGAGAUUUCAGCAACAGAUAUGAUCCUGAUUCGAACAUUUCCAACUCAUAUCUCUAUCUUCCAAGCUAG